UGAGGUUACUUCUCCAUUUUAAUAUUUUUUAGUGUUAUUCAGUCGACUUCUGUUUAUUUAUCAUAGAAAAACCAUUUUUCAUAUUAAUUUUCAAGAAUUUUAUAUUUUUCACAACUUGAGUUCUCAAUAGCAACAGGAAAACUGAUCAAAUUAGCGGUUCCAAGUCCCAAGCCAAUACACAAUACAUCCAUUGAAACACGUUUCUGGUUAACCCAUCUCAACUUAAAUUAUUUUAGUUACUUUUUCCCGAUAAAUAUGGCUGCGGUAGCAUCCAACAUGUUGCAGGUUGAAAAGUACAAAAAUGAGCUGAAAACAAAGGCAGAGGCGUUGAUUCUGCGCGGAUUUCCUGAAAAAAUAGUGAAACUCAACAAUUUGCUGGCUACAGAUCAGUUCAACGAGAAGGACAUGAACAGUGUCCACGAAAGCCUCAACAUUCCUGUACCAGAGCCCAUCGCUUUCAACUGCCACAGUCCGGCCGAGGGCGACACCAACGGCGGGGGAACCGAAAGGGGGGGCAAGAAGCGGAAAUUGGAGAACUGUGUGGAUGGAGAGGAACCGAAGCAGGCGGGCACCAAAGUGAUGGCCCUGCUCUCGGGCCCCGUGCCCUGCAACAAACGCCUCACUGAUCUCAUCGCCGUUGUCAAGCCACAGAUCAAGGAGCUCGUCGAAGAUUCCAACCUGUUGAAAAUGUGGAUCUCGUUCAUGAUCCCGAAAAUCGAGGACGGAAACAACUUUGGAGUCUCAGUGCAGGAGGACACACUGGCCGAGGUGCAGUCGGUGGAGAGUGAAGCGGCAACUUAUUUCGACCAGAUCACUCGCUACUACGCCAGCAGGGCUAAAGUCCUAUCCAAGGUAGCGAAAUAUCCGCACAUAGACGACUACAGAAUAGCGGUGCGAGAGCUGGACGAGAAGCAGUACCUGAGUGUGUGGCUGGUGCUGUGCGAAAUACGCAACCGCUACUGCACUCUGCACGACAUCAUCACUAAGAACCUCGAGAAACUGAAAAAGCCGCGCUCAAGCAACACCGAUGCACUCUACUAGGCCCUUCACACACCUCCAUACUUUUCAUUUCCCGCUUUCGACAUGCCGCCGACCACUGUCUUUGUCUAACAAGACCACCGUCUUUGUCUAAGAAUUUCGACCACCUUCUCAAACAUACCGCCCAAUAUUUUGUCUGAAAUCUACUUUAUCAUCCAAUAUUCUGUUUGAAACUUACUAUAAUUUACUAUACCGUCUCACUGUUUUGUCUGAAAUCUACUUAACCAUCCAAUGAUUUGUCUGAAACUUACCUUACCAUCCACUGGUUUGUCUUAAAGCCAUUGUGUACCACCUACUUACUUUGUGAGGAAUUGACCAUAAUGCCCACUGUUUUGUCAGGAGUUUACCUUACCAAGCAUUUAUUUUGACAUAAAUCUACCUUGCCGCUCAUUGUUUUGUCUGAAAUCUACCUUAACGCCUAAUAUUAUAUCUGAAAUAUGCCUUAUCAUCCACUGUUUUGUCUUAAAGCCAUUGUACCACCCACUUAUUUUGUGAGGAAUUGACCAUAAUGCGCACUGUUUUGUCAGGAGUUUACCUUACCAAGCAUUUAUUUUGACAUAAAUCUACCUUACCGCUCAUUGUUUUGUCUGAAAUCUACCUUAACGCCUAAUAUUAUAUCUGAAAUACGCCUUAUCAUCCACUGUUUUGUCUGAAAGUCACUGUACCACUCACUUAUUUUGUCAGAAAUUUACUAUACCAUCUCACUUUUUUGUCUGAAAUAUACAAUAACGUCCACAUUUGUAUAAGAAAUCUACCUUACUACCCACUGUUUUGUCUGGUACUUACCUUACUACCCACUGGUUUGUCAGAAAUUUACUUUACCGUCUCACUUUUUAUCAGAAAUUUAUCAAAACGUCCACAUUUUUAUCAGAAAUCUACCUUACUACCCACUGUUUUGUCUGAAAUUUACCUCACCGCCCAAUAUUUGUCUGAAAUCUACCUUACCAUCCACUGUUUUGUCAAAAAAUUACUAAACAGCCUCACUCUACUUUCAGAAAUCUACUUUAGCACACUUCAUUCUACUCAAUAGUACUGUGGGAUCAGUUGUCACCUUGUCAAACCAACGGUGCGACCACUUAUUUUGUCAGUAAUCUAUCUUACCAUCCACAUUUUCUAUCAGAAAUCUACCUUACCUCCCAAUAUUUUGUCUGCAAUACAGGCGUACCAUGCCAUGCCCUCUUUCUUAUCAGAAAUUUCUCAUUCCACCAACUUAUUCUGCCAGAAAUUUACCUUACCACCCCACUAUUUUGUAAGAAAUCUAUCAUCCCGCCUCCCUUUUUAUACCAGAAAUCUACCAUACCAGUCACAUAUUUUAUCAGAAAUAUCCCACUUUUUCAACAUGGAUAUUGUUCAAAAAGCUGUUAUCACUUCAAUGGUCUAAUUUUCACAAUAAAACUGGAACGCAUUCAAUUAUUUAUUUAUUAUAUCAGUUCCAUAAUUCCAAAUAGAGAGAAACCUCCCUACUUUGAUUUCCAUGCUCUUGUCAUAACCCCGUUUUUUGUCAGACAUUGUCUACGAUUUUGUCUUCCUGCUCAAAGAGAGAUACUCUCUCUUUGUGGGUUGUGUGGCAGAGAGGACCAGGAGUCCUAACUCCGCCCUAAAGGCAUAUAAUCACUUAAUCAAUCUCUCUCUCGCUCCCUCUCUCACUCAGUUUCUCUUUCCACUGUAUUUCUCUCUCCCUCACACCUUCUCUCAACUGUAUCAUUCUUCUAACUCUUGAGCAGUGGCUACGAAAAUUCAAGGAAGAAGAGAGAAUAGCUUGUUGAAAGCAGUGGAAGAAGAAGAAAAAGAGGAAGAUGAAGAAGAAGAAGAGGAGGAGGAGGAGGAGGAGAAGAAGAAGAAAAGGGAGAAGAAAAUGUUAAACAUUGGAGACAAAGCCAGAGAUUUUCAGAGAAAGAAGAAAUAUCCCAAUCACCUUAGAACUUCAAUGUGAAGACUCAGAUUAAUUUGCAGGUUAGAAAUAAAACUCAAAGUUCAAUUUUUAAUUUAUCAAUACUAUAUUAAUCUAGUACUUCUGUGAUUAUAAUUAUCUUUAUUAUAUUGGUGAAUUAUUAUCAUUAUAUUGUAAGUAACUGAAUACAGUAAUUAAUAUUGUAUUUGAGUUACUAAAUAAUGGAAUUCGAGUGAUGAAAAUAUAUAAUAUUGAUGUAAUAGGUUUAAAUAAUUAGAUGUCAGUAUAUCUUUCACUAUAAAUCUGUGUAUUACUGUUACUAGAUGUCUUGAAAACUGGGUGAAGUGAAUUGGGUUUCAAGGAUUUUUGACAAAAAGAUAAAAUUGUGUGAAGUUUUGUUUUCGGUUUUAUACUAUGAAAGAGCGUUGUGUACUGUGCGAUCGAACUAAAUUCCAUUUUUUCUAGUUGGAUUUAUCAA